AUGGCAGUGGAUGAAGCUUUGCUGGAUCCCUUUCCUGAAAAUAAAGAUGGCCUUGUGAAAGUGAAGGAGGAAGAUCCUAAAUGGGAGCAGAUGGGCAGCUCACAGGAGAGUAGCAAGCGCACUAGGGAGCUUUGUCGCCUGCAUUUCAGACAGUUCUGCUAUCAGGAGGCUCUGAUCCAACUCCAAGAACUUUGCCAUCAAUCUCACACCAAGAAACAAAUCUUGGAGUUGCUGGUGUUGGAACAGUUCCUGACCAUUCUGCCUGAGGAGCUGCGGACCCAGGAGCCAGCUUAUCUGCUGGAUAAUGGAGAGGAGGUAGUGACAGUGCUGGAGAAUCUAGGGACAAAUAUUGGAGACACAAGACAGCAGGUGAUAAGAGAAUAUAGAUUGAUUAACACAAAGCAAGAAACCUCUGAAGAGAUGGGACAAGGUGCUGAGGUUUCAGGAAUAGCCAACAGUAUGCCCCAAGCCCCUUAUAGUACUGCUGUCCCUUCUGAAAGGACAGCUGUACAUUUGAACACUCUGAAGGACCAUCACCAAGGUGACUUGUGGGCCCGGUUGUAUGUCUCAUCCUUGAAAUAUGCUGCAGGAGACAUUACCUGAAAAGGGAGAAAAAAAGACAAAACUCGAGUGAGUCAACUGCUCCAAGACCUUACAUUUUCUGGAAACUCAGAUGUGGAAGAUGGUAAGGAAUCUGAGAUCCAACCUGCUCAGAAAAAACUAAAGAUGUCAAAUGUCCAAGAGAAGAACUGGGCCAAAAGAGACAUUAAACCCAACUUUCCAAGCUGGUCAGCAUUGGAUUCUGGACUUUUGAAUCUCAAGAAUGAGAAGGUGAACCCAGUAGAGCUCUUUGAAUUAUUUUUUGAUGAUGAGACAUUCAACUUGAUUGUCAAUGAAACCAAUAGUUACGCUUCUCAGAAAAAUAUCAAUUUAGAAGUCACAGUUCAGGAAAUACAGUGUGUGUUUGGUGUUCUGCUUUUGAGUGGAAUUGUCAGACAUCCCAGAAGAGGGAUAUAUUGGGAUAUUGCUGAUGCUGAUCAAAAUCAGGUUAGAGAUGCAAUUAAAAGAGACAGGUUUGAGUUGAUGUUUUCAUACUUGCGUUUUGCAGAUAAUAGCCACCUAGAUCAAAGAGAUAAGUUUACAAAAUUGAGGCCUCUUAUAAAGCAUAAACAUUUCCUCCUGUAUUCUCCCCUAGAAGAAUAUUCUUAUUUUGAUAAGACAGUGUGUGAAUGCUUUGCUAGUGACCAGUUCCUAAGUGGGAAACCUAUUAGAAUUGGCUAUAAAAUGUGGCAUGGCAAAACCACACAGGGUUAUCUGGUUUGGUUUGAGCCUUAUCAAGAGCAGUCAACUAUGAUGACAGACAAGGAUCUUGAUCUUGGCUUAAGUGGAAAUCUAGUUAUGAAUUUUGCUGAUGUUCUUUUAGAAAGAGGUCAAUAUCCCUAUCACCUGUGA